ACUCCCUCCGUCCCUUGUCCUGCCCAGUUUGGGCACUUGUUUCUCUCAGGAAACAAACCUCCUAUUUCUUGUGGCCAUGGAUCCAGUCAGGCGGUAACCCUGUGUCCAUUUACCUGGGAUUAAGCUACCAUUGACCUCUGUGGGUCUUCCUUUUGAACAGGCAGGCACAGGAGUCCAGUGCCAGUCCCAGUCAAUCUCAGGGAUCGGCAGCCACGUGGAAAGGAACAACACCCGGGAAGAAUGGCAAGCUUCUAGACCUGAAGGCCUUCCCAAUUCACCAGCCGCUCACUUGGACGGGACAACCGUGAUCGCAGCAACCCUCGAGUCCGGUGACGCUGUUGGGCCCUGCGUACAAGCCCAUCUUUGAUCUCCUCUGUCCAAGAGAAUUGCUGUUUUGCAAGCCUGCAGAAGACUGCCUCCCCAACACCAUGAUGGAUUCAAGUCCCAUCGUGCCCCCACCAUCCCAGUCCUUCUCGAGGUCUGAGUUGGAUGCUUCUUCUGUGCCAAAAGCAGUGAAAAAGUUUUAUCGGGGCCAGCCGUUGGCACUGGGGAUCACGCAGAUCCUCAUUGGAAUGAUGCAAAUUGCUUUUGGCAUUCCGAUAAGCAUAGCAGCUGUUUACAGAAUCGAUUACUUUGCUGUGAUGGUACCAUAUUGGACUGGGAUUUUGUACAUCAUUUCAGGAUCUCUAUCUGUGGCAGCUGCAAGGAACCCCAAGAUGCCAAUAGUGAAAGGCAUGCUUGGAAUGAAUGUGGUGAGCACCGUGGCAGCCGGCAUUGGGAUCAUUUUCCUCUCUUUUGCAGUGGAUCAUUUCUAUUACAAUGUACAAUGGGAGGAUAUAACGCUUGGAACCAUGGCUAUUUUCCUGGUUUUCAACAUCCUGGAGUUCUGCAUCACUAUUUCCACUGCUGCGUUUGGGUGCAAGACUGUUUGCCCGGACACCUACACCGAAACGGUUGUGGUGGUUUACCAGAACGUAACUCCGGGCAAUGCUGUUAGCCUCCCUGCUGCUGUCAAGGAUCCUGAAUACCCCUGAAGGGCUGAUUUUCAAUCCACUCUCCUCAACGGCCAUCUCCUUCUUCAAAGUCAAGACCAAAAGGCUAAAUCUGUACCAGUGGACCAAGCCGCUUUCUUAGCUAGUCCCAGGUUAUCUUUUUAACUAGCCGUCGAAUACAAUGGCUCUCAGGCGCUAUGCAAAUAAAACAGGGAUUUUGCUAACGCAGAGUGGACUUUUUUUGCUUGAAAGACUGGCAGCUUUUGGUUUGGGGGGGUGACCUUUUAGAAGUAGAUUAGGGGAAUAUGACAAACCUAUAAAUGGAAACCGUUGAAAUAAAUGGGAUCUUAAAAAUAAUAAAGGUCUUUUCCCCAACAAACUAUAACAAGUAUGAUAGAUCACUAAGCAAUAACACACGAGCGCAACUGAGGAGCAGGAGGAGAAGUAUUUUGGUUAGUUGGCAAUGAUAGAGAGGUAAAAAGCAAAGAUAAAGAUUUGAAAACAGAUGGGGAAAUGAGGAGAAAUGAAUUUAAGAUUGGGACAUUGAAACCGAAAUUGAUAGAUUUGUCCAUCCGUAGCAGAUGAAGGGUGCUGAGAGUUGUUAGGAAACUCCUGUGCCCCUCACAGAGCUAGAAUUCUCAGAAUGGCUUAACAAUGAAUCCCUCUUCCAAGAGGACUCUGGGAACUGUAGCUCUGUGAAGGGAAUAGGAGUCUCCUAACAACUCUCAGCACCCUUCACAAACUACACCUCCCAGGAUUCUUUGGGGGAAGCCAUGACUGUUUAAAGUGGAAUAUGAAUGGAAUAAAUGUAUGGCAUAGUGGUUAAAGUGUUCACAACCUGGGAGACCAGAGUUCGAAUCCCUACACAGCCAUGAAGCUCACUGGAUGACCUUGGGCCAGUCACUGCCUCUCAGCCUCAGAGGAAGGCAAUGGUAAACCUCCUCUGAAUACCGCUUACCAUGGACACCCUAUUCAUAGGGUUGCCAUAAAUCGGGAUCGAAUUGAAGGCAGUGCAUAAAAUGCAUGGUGUGAAUGUGACCUGAAUGAGGCUUGAAAUAAAUCAUACCAGCAAGGCAUCAUUUCA